CUCUCGUAGUUCUCAUCUAGCAUGGCAAAAGGGUCUCAGCUUUCACAGCUGAAAUCCGCACUUUCCCAAGCGGGUGUCACUGGGAGACCUCAAGGUAUGAAACGCAAGCGGUCUACAAACCAAGCCAAUGACAAGGCGAAGCGCGAAAGUAAACUUGCUGAAAUUCAUCAGAAGCUAAAUCCCUUCGACACCAAAGUUACGAAGUUGAAACAUGAUGUCGGUGGCCGUAAGCUCAAAGGUGUCACCGGGAAGCCUGCGCAAAGCAAAAUGGCAGGGCUGGAGCAGCGUAAGAAAACUUUGCUCAAGGAAUUUCAAGAGAAAGACCGAGCGGGAGGCAUCGUGGACCGUCGCUUUGGCGAGAAUGAUCCAUCCAUGAGCUUAGAGGAUAGAAUGCUAGAGCGGUUCACGAAAGAACGACAACGAGUGUCUCGGGGGGCUACGUUCAAUUUAGAAGACGAGGACGAGCUUACGCAUUAUGGACAGAGUCUAUCCAAACUGGACGACUUUGAUGAUGUGGAGAUGGGCUUAGAUGACGAAGAAGAGGAGCAAGGUCAAAUUGACCGCGAGGUGGUCCAAAAAGCUCACUUCGGAGGAUUUGACGACGAUGACGAUGGAGAAGAGGACGGGGCGCCUGCAAGGAAGAAGUCCAAAGCCGAGGUCAUGGCGGAAGUCAUGGCCAAAAGCAAGGAGCAUAAACUUCUAAGGCAAAUGGAGCGAGAGAAAGAAGACAAUGUCCGACACGAACUGGAUGAAGCUUUUGAUUCGCUACGAGACUUGUUAUUUGUGCCAGUCGCUUCUACUUCCGACUCUGCAGCUGAAACAUCGAAAGAGGCUUUUACAAAAGAAGCCUCUGCUGCAACUGAUCCGCUAGACGGUCUCGAAACACAAGAUCUUGAUUAUGACCAACGAGUUCGCGAACUUGCAUUUGACAAGCGAGCGAAGCCUAAGGACCGAACAAAGACAGAGGAAGAAAUGGUGCUGGAGGAGAAGGAGACCCUAGAAAAGGCAGAGCGCCGGCGGCAAAAACGAAUGCUGGGACUAGAUGAUAGUGACAGCGAAGGCGAAGAUGUGCCAAAGAAGAGGAAGAGGAGAAGAGAGGUAGACGAUCUCGAUGAUGAUUUCGUUGACCAAGAUGAAGAAUGGGCGGGCAUCGGUGCUGGAUUAGGCGAUCGUCAAGCUGACGAUGUUUCAGGGUCUGAAAGUGAAAGCGGCGAGGAAGAUGGCGAAGAUAGCCAGGAAGAUGAGGAGAGUGGCGACGAUGAAGGACGGCCGUUAGGCGACAUAUCUGACCAUGAGGAUCUGACGACAAAUACUACCGCGAAAAAAGUUGUGUCGGCAUCCAAAUCCAAGGAGUUGCCUUAUACCUUUAUCUGCCCGUCGACGCAUGCCGAGUUCCUGGAUAUCGUGGAUGGUAUCGACGAUAAGGACGUCCCAACUGUCGUCCAUCGAAUUCGGGCCUUGCACCACACCAGUUUGGCGCCUGAGAACAAACUCAAACUUCAAGCCCUGACAGGUGUACUUAUCGAUCAUGUUCUUUUUCUUUGCUCUCCUCCGACCCCCCGCCUUACUCAUCUCUCUGCCCUCUUACCGCACCUCUUCGCCUUGACUAAAGCAUAUCCCGUGCAAUCAGCGGAGUUCUUUGUUAAAAAGCUUACUCUCAUGCACAAAAACCUCAAUCGAGGAUUGUCUCGCGGAGCGCUCAACCCCGAGGCCAAAAUAUGGCCUGGUCUUCCAGAGUUAUCCUUGCUGCGCAUUAUCGGCGUUACUUGGUCGACCAGUGACUUGAACCACGCGGUCGUCUCACCUACCCGAGUGCUCAUGGGGGCGUACCUGGGGUUGGCGCGAGUCCGUUCACUCGCCGACAUUGCGAGUGGACUUUUCCUCUGCUCCUUGUUUUUGCAGUUUGAAAAGUUAUCCAAGCGUUUGGUCCCGGAAGCAGUCAAUUUCGUUAUCAAUGCAGUCUUGCAUCUUGCCCCGAAUAGCUAUAAGGAUGCAUCUGCUCUCCCGGGGUCUUUCCCCUCACCCGAUUUCAGAUCUGAGUUAUCUAGCUCCUUCACGGUUCAACAUAGCACCGGAUCUCCCGCGAGCCAGAAGGUGAACUUAUUGGAAGUCCUGGAAGCAGGUUCUGUGAAUGAAGAAACAAAACUUGGUCUUCUCAAUGCAGCAUUGGAUCUCGUGGCGCGGUUUGCGGAGCUGUAUAAGGGCUUAGAGGGGUUCGUGGAACUAUACGAUCCUAUUUCCACCAUCUUGAAACAUAUGUUGAAACAAACCGAGCUCAGCGAAGCUCUCCAGUCACGCAUAAAAGCCGUCUCAGAUAGCACCAAGAGACUUUUGCUGUUUGCACGGCAAGCACGGCAGCCUUUGCAGCUGCAGGCUCAUAAGCCUAUUCCUAUACCUACCUACAUUCCCAAGUUCGAGACGUCGUCAUCCUCUUAUCUUCGCCAUCAAGAUCCUGAUCACGAGCGGAACGAGGCUGCGAAGUUACGGAAUCAAUAUAAGAAGGAGAAGAAGGGGGCGAUUCGGGAGCUUCGAAAGGACGCCAAAUUCCUUGCAGGCGUGCAGCAACAGAAGCAGAAAGAUAAAGAUAGGGUGUAUAACGAAAACAUGCGGCGUGUUUUCGGGUCUAUUGAGGGCGAGAGAGCGGAGGAAAAGUCGAUGGAGAGAGAGAAAGCGAAGGAGAAACGGAGAGCAGGACGGAAGUAACUUGGUGCUCAGGGUUCUCGUUGUCGAUUACCUUCUUUACGUCGUCUCCCUGGCGCUCUAGAUAGAACAUAGCAUCCUGGCAUUGGCCUCAAAAAUGUCGCAUCUGUUGUCUUCGUCUUUUCAACUACUCGCUCAUUUAUCAAGAAACUUGGGGGUCUGUCGGACAACUUUAGUAUUGGGAGGUCGAUUUAUUUAAGGGAAGGAAAAAGGGGUAGUCCGACUGUAUCUUGAAUAUGUAUUCGGUCCUGUAGC